AUGGAGAACGAAUCGUUCAGCGUCAGCUAUAAGUUAACUCUGGACCCAUUUUUUAUUCCACCUGGUGGAAAGUAUCCCAUCUUUUUCCUGGGCAUUGCUAUCUAUUCAUUUUGUGCGUUCUGCAACCUGACCUUACUGUCCGUCAUCGUCAUGCAAAGGAACCUUCACAAACCCAUGUAUUUUAUUCUCUUCAGUCUUCCUCUCAACGAUCUGAUAGGAAUCACUGCAAUGCUCCCAAAGGUGCUGUCAGACAUUGUGACUGAGACAAACACGGUCUUUUACCCCCUCUGUGUUAUUCAGGGGUUUCUGCUCCACAUGUACGGAGGCGCGGUUCUCUUUAUCCUUGCGGCUAUGGCCUUUGAUCGUUAUGUUGCCAUCUGCCAGCCGUUGAGGUACAGUACUAUAAUGACACCCAGGAAUGUGGCGGUCAUUAUUUUACUGGUUUGGGGUCUUGACCUCCUCUUGAUCCUACUGCUGUUCUCUCUGCAGAUAAAGCUUCCCCGGUGUAGAUCCUCCAUAAUGAAUGUGUUUUGUGAUAACCCCUCCCUUCUUAAACUCACCUGUGGUAAUACUACACUGAAUAAUGUCAUAGGACUGUUUAACACUGCAGUCAUGCAGGUUAUAAGUGUGUCCAUUCAGAUUUUUUCCUAUGUGAAGAUUCUGAUCACUUGUUUGGUUACAAGAAAGUCUGACGCUAAGAGUAAGGCUUUGAACACCUGUGUGGCACAGUUGGUCAUAUUUUUCAUAUUUGAGGUUGUAGGAACCUUCACAAUUUUAUCACACAGAUUCAAGAUUGUCUCAGCUGACUUGCAAAAGAUUAUGGGCAUGCUCAUCUUUCUAGUAUCUCCACUUAUGAAUCCAAUUGUAUACGGGCUGAAUGCAAGUGAAAUACGAAUCACCCUACUGAAAGUAUUUCUCAACAAAGUAUCAGUCUGAACCAAUUAUAAACAUGGUGUGAUGAUGGUGGUUUAUGGUAACAAUUUAGCCAGAUGUGGGGCAGUGUAUUGUUUCUGCACAGAACACAUGAAACGAAUAGUUACGUAAUACUUCCUAUUGGUAGUUCAUCACUAUUUCUGUGCUUUGUAUUGGUAAGCAAUUCACAUUUAUAAACAUUGUGGUUCGAGCCCUGAAUGCUGAUAUACCAUGGCUGAAGGUUGUGUUAUAUCAAACCGUAUACCACGGGUAUGACAAAACAUUUAUUCUUACUGCUCUGAUUACAUUGGUAACCAGUUUAUCAUAGCAACAAGGCACCUCGGGAGUUUGUGGUGUAUUUCCAAUCAAAUCAAAUGUUAUUGGUCACAUAACAUGUUUAGUAGAUGUUAUUGAAGGUGUAGCGAAAUGCAAUAUACCACGGCUAAGGGCUGUAUCCAGGCACUCCGCGUUGCGUCGUGUGUUAGAACCGUGAUACAGUAUAUUGGCCAUACACCACACCCCUUCUGGCCUUAUUGCUGAAGUACACCAUAGCUUCAAAUCAUUCAUCAAACUAUCAUUUCAACCUCAUGGACUGGCAGUCCCUGAAUCCCUAGAAGUGACUGGUAGUUGAAAUGAGAGAUUGUGCUUUUAAGUUGUUUCCCUUUACCGUAUCUUUACCGUAUCUUUACCGUAUCUUUACCGUAUCUUUACCGUACCUUUACCGUAUCUUUACCGUAU